AUGGUUUUCUUUCAGGUUGAAUCCAUUAAAGAAAGAGCAAGGAAAGUAUCAGAGUUGUCUGAAGAUAUUCCUGGACCAAUAAAUAAUCGUCAUGAAUCUACAAUUAAGCCAACCCCAGUAUCUCGCAGCAUUACCUUUCUUCAAUGCAAGGACUUUACUGAUUACUCAAAUGAUGGAGUGCAGUUAACAAUGAGUCAAACACGGCUCUGUAGAGAUAGAAGUCGGGAGAGUGAGAGGAAUGGUUCUGUGUAUGCAAAAGGCAAAGGACAGAUCAGCUUAGCAAAAGGGUUUAUGCACAAGGAUGCAAAAUCAUUGAACUUGAAACUUGCUAGCACCACUCUGCUCAAAAAGGAACACUGGUUGUUAAAUGGCAAAAGCAAACAAAGUAAUGAUCUGGAAACCAUAUCUAGUGAGAACCACAACUUUGGCGGCAACUGUCUUGAUGUCUCCAAUCACAGCUGUAAGUCUGAAGAGAAAGUAGCCAACAUGAAGAAGAAAGUGACAUCAUCCACACCAGGGUCUACCUUAUCAGAGAAAAGUGUUCAUGACAAGAUUAACUUCUUUCUGCAUCUGCCUGCGUCCAAUUCCUCACACUCGACAGACACCUCUGACCCGCCACCUCCUGUAGACAAUGAGAAUCUGAAAGUGAUAGUUUCUGGAUUUCCAGAUGAAGCUGAUGACAAGAAUAAGAUGGCUGACAAAAAAUCAAAAGGAAAGCGUAAGAAGAGUAUUGUUGAAUGA